CGUUUGAAAUUCCCUAUAUUGUUGUUGUUGUUAUUUUUCCCGCGGCUGCAGCUGACGUCCCCCGCCCCACUGCUCUCCUGCUCCGCCGCCGCAUCCGUGCCGCUGUCCCGGAGCGGCCUGGGCCCCGCCCCGCCCCGCCGGCACCGCCGCAGACCGGCCCGGCAGGAAGCGCGGGGCGGCGGCCACCGCAGGUAUUCCCGGCGGGGGCUGCGGGUUGCCGCGCCGCCACUCCGCCCCCCCUCCCAAAAUCCCCGAGCCGCGAGCGAGCUUGGGUGCCCCCCCGCCCCAGCCGGGCGCUGGUACAAGCGGUGCCAGGCUCCGGCCAGCCCCGUGCCAGGCUCCGGCCGCCGUCGCUGGUGGCCCGCGCAGUGCAGCUGGGCUGGGAGGCGCUUCUGCGACGCUGCGGGAAUCGCGGGGAGUGGCCGUGGGGGCUGCCUUCUGCUGAUCGCACCGGCACCUCCGGAAAGGUUUUUGCAGGGUCCACCCUGAUCCGUUUUUAUCGGUGAGUCAAUGUCGGGGCAGCUUUCGGCUAAAUUUUUUCAGACAGCUCCCCGGCAGUAACUGGACCGAAGAAAGCCUGAGACAGACGCUGCUUUUCUGUUGCUGUUGGAUUUGUUGGAGGCUGUAGGUACCUGCUUGGUGGUGCUUGCAGCAAUAGCUCUAUGCCAGGAGACGGUGGCUUCCAGGAGCUCCUCAUUACUUCCCUUAAGGAGGUUCUGUAACAGUGAUGAUAUAAUUUGGAUUGGCUUAUUUAUCUAGAGAAUUUCCUGUUUCAAUCUAUUUCCUUAAAGAGAUGAAGAAAGGACCAGAAAGCAGAGCGUGUACUCUUGCUGCUCCAGGCAAUUUAGGGGAGUCAGAUCCAGACACUAACAGCAGCACUGGAACCUCAGCAAGAGAGAAAGACAUGCUUAAUUCUCCCGGAGAACUGGAAAACGUACCACUGAAAACCAGCACAGAAACAUCCAGAAAAAAACUCUGUGGUUAUUUAAAUAAGCUGGGCAUCAAGGGGCCGAUCAAGACCUGGAAGUCUCGCUGGUUCUUUUAUGAUGAAAACAAAUGUCGCUUACUGUACUACAGAACUGCCCAGGACAUUAAUCCUUUGGGGUCUAUUGAUCUCUCCAGUGCCAGCUUUGACUGCAAAAUGGAAAAUGGGGAAGGAAUUUUUGAGAUCAGAACACCAAGCAGAGCUUUUACUUUGAAGGCAAUCAGCAGACAGGCAAUGAUGUACUGGCUGCAGCAGCUGCAAAUGAGACGUUGGGAAUUUUGCAACACUCAGAGCAGAUUUCCUGUGGGCAGCUCCCAGCUUGUGAAUGAACCUCUGGCUGGAAGAACAAAUGUAGUUGACAAUGAAGACUUUCUGCCUCUUGUGAAAACACCAACAGAAGCAGUGGGUUUAAAGGCAGCAUCUUUGCCUGCACCCCAAACAUCUACUGCUUUGCAGAACAUCUCCCUUAAGCACCCUUGGACAGAGAUACAAAACACUGUCUACAAUAUUUGUGGCUCCAAGCAGCUCUGGGGAAGCAAUGGGAAUGUCUUUAGCUUUGAUGAAUUCCAAGAGCAUCCUGAGAAUGUGGACGAGGAGCAAGAGGCAGAAGGUCCAGUUAAGGAAGGGACCCUGGAAGAUGGGAGGAUGGGGCCCAGGCUGAACUGGAUUAGGAAGGCCAGGUGGAUGAACAGUGGCUUCCCUGGCUCUGAAGAACUGUCGAGGGAGAAGAACUCAGUGGAUAAAGUGAGUGUCCUUCAGCAACAGAUUCUGACACUCACAGAAGAAGUCAAGUCACAGAAGGAACUGGUCAAACUUCUCCACAAAGCUCUGGAGGCAGCCCAGCAGGAGAAGCGAGUAUCUAGCAUGUAUCUCACUGCAGCAGAAGACAAGGACAGGCUGGAGCUGGUGCGCCACAAAGUGAGACAAAUAGCAGAUCUGACAAGUCGGUUGGAAGCUCUUGAACAAGAAAAGAAGGAACUGGAGCAGAUACUGACUUUGAGAGACAGCCAUAUCCAGGAGCUCAAGGAACAUGUGCAGCUUCUGAUGGAGAAGAACCAUGCCAAACAAGAAGUCAUCAUGACCUUAACAGAACAGAUGGCCCGAGAGCUGUCUGACCCCCUGCAAGAAGCCAACACUAUCACUGUAGAGACAUUGUAUAAGCAGCAGGAGGAGAUUGAGCAUCUGAAGGAUGAUAUUGAUGCAUACAAAACCCAGAACCAGUUUCUCAAUUCUGAGAUCCACCAGGUUACUCGACUCUGGACAAGUGUUGCUGAGAAUGAAAAAGCUCUUCUGAUGAAGUGUGCCUGCCUGCAAGCAAGAAACUGCCAGAUGGAGAGCAAAUACCUGACAGUCUUGAGAAAGCUGCAGGAGGCUGUGCCUGGCCUGCCGAACUCGCAUGCUGAAUUGGUGAAGAACCUCAUCCAGGAAGCUCUCCAGUGGGACGUGAAGGAAGAAGCAGAAGAAGGUUUUAACUUGAACCCUGUAAGUGAGUAUGAUGAGUAUGGGUUUAUGACUGUACCUGACUAUGAAAUUGAGGACUGGAAACUCCUGGCCAAAAUUCAAGCCCUUGAGAUAAAGUCCAAUAAACUGCGGAGCCAGGAAAUAGUGGAGAAGCCCCUCCGUGACAGAUGGAACAGCAUUGGAGAGCUGAAUCCCUCUGCAGAGCUGAAGAGUCUGAUCCGAAGUGGCAUCCCAGUGGAGCAUCGGCAACGGGUGUGGAAGUGGAUGGUCAGCCGGCACUGCAGCCCAGUGCCUGGCCACUACCAGCAGCUGCUGGAGCAGAGCAGGAACACCGAGCACCCGGCCGGCCGGCAGAUUGAACUUGACCUGCCCCGCACACUGACCAACAACAAGCAUUUCUCCUCUCCCACCUCCCAGCUCAUCCCCAGGCUCCGGAGGGUGUUAUUGGCAUUCUCCUGGCACAAUCCUGCCAUUGGAUACUGCCAGGGAUUGAACAGAUUGGCAGCUGUUGCUCUUCUGGUCCUAGAAGAUGAGGAAAGUGCUUUCUGGUGUCUAGUCUAUAUUGUGGAGAACCUAAUGCCAGCAGACUACUACAGUGACACACUAAUAACAUCACAGGUAGAUCAGAGAGUCUUGAAAGACUUCCUGUCUGAGAAGCUGCCUCGCCUCAUGGCUCAUUUUGAACAGUAUCGGGUUGAUGUCUCACUCAUCACCUUCAACUGGUUUCUGGUGGCCUUUGUGGACAGCUUGGUCAGCGACAUCCUCCUGCGAGUGUGGGAUGCCUUUUUGUAUGAGGGAACUAAGGUCAUUUUCCGCUAUGCUCUUGCGAUUUUUAAAUACAAUGAGGAGGAAAUCCUAAGAAUUCAUGACAGUGUGGAGAUCUACCAGUACCUACGCUUUUUCACGAGGAUGAUCACGGAUGGCAGGAAGCUGAUGAACAUUGCCUUCAAUGACUUAAACCCCUUCCCCAUGAAACUGCUGAGGAACCGUCGGUCAAUGCACAGAGAAGAGCUGGAGGCAGAGCUGUGUGAACUUGAACAGAUCAAGGCAGCCUAUGUGAAAGAGAGAGCAGAGCAGGGACCUCAGGACCUGGAGGAGGUUGUUAGUGAAGAGGAAGAAGAGAGCUAAUAAAAAUAGAGUUGGUCAUCACUUCCCUCCCAUACUGCAGAAGGUCAUCAGUAGCAACUGUCAGUAAGAAAUGGACCAGAGGGGGAAGUGUGGUCACAGGAGUUCAUCUCCCCCAAUAAGCAAGGCUGUAGUUAUGGGACCAUUUGUAGUCAGAUUUAUAAUGGAUUGGAAGGUGUCAGAGGAGUUUAAUCCUCUUCUGUAUUUCUCCCCAUUUAGAUCCUGUCCUGUGCAGUUCAGGAUUACAGCUGAGGGUGCAGAAGAAAUUUCAUUUGUGGUGUCAUGACAGGAACUGACAUGAUGCAAAAGACCUGCCAGGGCUUUUAUACAUUUUCUGAUGGAGGCUUGAAUGAGAUCUUCACCUACAUGUAAAAUCUCCAGAGAUAACGAACCAAGACUACUCCCUCCUUACCUAAAGCUUCUGAAUUGGUCAGGAAAAAAAUUUCUCUUAGAGGGCAUGGUGCCUUCAGUGUCUAGCCUGCCAGAAGAGUGUGUUUUUAACAUUGUUACUGAUCAAGACACUGUCUUAAGGUCUGUUAAUGCUCUGAAAGCUAGAGGACAUCAUCCCAUGGGAUGCAGGCUGAGACAAGGAAACAGAUUGUGGGAGAGUAGAGUUGCUUCUCCACUUUGGUUCCUGUAGGAAGUUCAUGGGAGCAUAAGGUGUGUCUCCUGCUUGGCUGGGAAAUGCUGUGAGCUUUCUCUCCUCACGUUUAGCUUUUAGGCCCUGGCAUCACUCUGUGCUGGUGAGUGUGCUCCAUGGAGGAACUCUAAUCGCUGUAUGAAACCAGCCUUCCUGCAGGCAGGGCCUAGUGUUAUGUGGAUUUUUACUGGGGAUGACUGGAUUUUCUGAUAGCCUUCUGAUCUCUCUGCCCCACAAUUACUGUCUGACUGUGCUGGGUUUUUACAUUGAUACCCCUGUCUCUGACUUCCAUUCAUUAUAGGAGGGACAAGGGCUUUUCCGGAGGAGUUCCUGAUAUUGCGGGUGUUUUGUCCAUGGCAUAUGGCUAGUAGUGAACCUGAAAACUCUGGAAACAAGGUCACAAAAGAUGACUUGAUAUUCUUUAGAAAAAAGUAAUAAUGUCCCCUAAACCAAGGAGCUGGCCUCCAUAGGUCUGGCACACAGAGAUGCCCUAUCUACCUCUGGGAAUGGGGUCUGAUAGCCUUCUGCCCUGCCUCCCAGGCUCAGCCAUCCCCUGGGCUAGAUACCCUGCCUGUGUAGCUCAGCUCCCCACAGACCCAGGAUGAGUCAAGUAUUUAGAUAAAUACAACUUCUUUUUCCUUAACAUGAUGCCAGAUCCUGCUGCCCCACUUUCCUGCGGAGUGGUGUAUUACUCCAGGUGUUCCUGCAGUGCUGGCACUGACAGCAUACAGCAGACCCUGCUAUAAGGGGGCUCUGCUCUAUGUUUUUAGACUGACCUUCAACCCAAGUGGCUUAUGCCUUCUUUAAAUAUCUGGUGGUUGAUAACCCAACCCUUCAAGUUGUCAGUGCUUGUAGAGGAAGGAAGGGGAGGAAUUCAUAGUCCACAGUAUUCUCAGCCCUGUGGGCUGUAGCUGAGAUGACAGACUCUACGGGAAAUGUUGUCUAUUCACCUGAGACACAUGGUCUGCCUCACUGGACAAGUCUGCCAGUUUCAAUGCAUUAUAGAAGACUGAGAUGGGAGAGAGCUGUGCAGGCCAACGACACAGCAGAGAAGUAAUCAAAGUGGAAGUGAAGUUUUGGGAAGAAUGGAUAGAUCCCCUGAAGGUCACAGAGAGCUGCACACAUUAAAAGUGUGGGAUGAGAAGAAAAUGUUACUGGAAGCCUACUACAGUAUCUCAAAAAAAAUGAGUUCAUUUUAAAAGUAUGCCACGUAGAUAGGGAAGUCUUAAAGGCAGCAGGUUUUUCUUCACAGAUGAUAUAGCUAAUCUAAUUUAUUUAUACUCUUCUGUUCAUGAGCGCACACAGAAUUUUGCUGUUGUUACAGACAUUAUCUUCUAAAUCAAGACCAUGCAAAUUAGAAGUUUACUUACAAUUUUGUUUCCUAGAGCUUUCUGCAACAGCUUAAUCUUUCCUCCUGACUUGCCCUUAUGUUUAAUAAUAAAGACAUUUGAAACAUGUAUUAUUAGAUUAAACCACAGCCUGACAUAUGUCUACAGUAUAUAAUAAACAUUGGUACAUGUGAUACAUAAACUCUUCUGAUGUAGACAUAAGGAUCAAGGUAUUGACCCUGAUGGGGAAUUCUGAAAAUAAUUUUUAAAUUAAAUUGGAAGGGAAGGACAUGUGAGGGUUGUUAUAAGUUUCUUUUCUUUUGUGUCUUCCUCAGCUCUUGGUUUUGGUCCACAUGUAUUUGCUGAGGACCAUCUUCUCUGGUCAUACUGAUAACCAAUCACUUGUGGUCAUUCUUUAUUAAACUGUGGUGAAUGCAGGAAUACCUGCAAGGCCUAUAAAGACCUGCACCUUGGAGCCAAGCUCACAUGUCCUCAUGGGCUCUCUUCUACUUUCCUUCUGCAUCAUAAACUUCAGUGGUACUGAAAAGCGCUGAACUCAGGUCACAAAAUUGCAGCUGGGCCAGACACAAAUCCCUCAGGCCCCUGCAAGACCUGCAGUGACUAUCAGUCAGUGCUAUGGGUGUUUUGAACCUCUUGGUUACCUCUGCAUUAGGUGCUCAAGAAUGAUUUGUGCUGCCACUGCCAAUUGUUGUGGCUGGGAAGCAGUUUGACCUGGUUAUGCAGACCAGCAGCUCCUUCUACCUGUGCGGAUGCCUGUGGUAAAACAGGUGUCUUUCAACCCGAACCAGUCUUUGCUGAGCUUUGCUGUAUGCAUAGCAUUACUUGUGAAAUCAAGCUUUCUAUCUCUGCAUUAACCUCAUCCUUAGGAUGCCAGCUCCAACCCUAAAAAGGACGGUUUUGAUCGUCCACACCCACCCUCCUCCCUAUGAGGUGCCAUUAGUUUUUAAGUUCACUUUGUUGCAGGAUCUUGUGUCCACCAGAAGUUCAUAGGCUUUGAAAGGAUAAAUUAGUGGAGUGGUGCCAAACACAUAAAGCCACUGCUGGCUCAAUAAGUCCCUGAGCUGCCAACAAGAAGAGGCUGUGAAGCUUCUCUUUUUUACCCCUUUUUGGCCUGGCUGGUGUUGGUCUGGCAGGAUGUGUACCUUCAUAUGCUGCCGCUAAGCUCUGUAUUCUGGUGUGCUGCCAGAGUGAUAAGAGGCACUACUGGGGAGGUUGUUUCUGGGUUACUGUUUAGUCUAAGCUUGAGCUUCUCAUGCAGGGUGAAGGUGAGAGCUAAGGGGCAAGGCAUUUUCUGUGGGUGGACAGCAACAGCACCCUGUAGCAGGAGCUAUACCACAGUGCUGAGUUUCUUUUCCAGUCUGCAGGCUGGGCAACCUCCUGCCAGACACAAGGCCAGACACAAGGCUUUUGGGCUUGCUCUCUUCCCAUUUAGGAGCUCACUUGUGGCCUGAGAAAAUGCUGAGACUUCUCCAGCCAUCGCUCAGUGCUAAGAGCUCCUUUACCAAACAUUAGCUCUGGUUUGUCUUGGAACAUGCCAAGUGCAAGAAGACAAACCACCUUCCCAUGACCGAGCCACCAUGCUGGAGCUGAUAUAAUAUAAUGCCAUGAGAGAUCAUUUAACUCCUUUCCUAAGCUCAGUGAGAAGCUGGAGCCUGCACAAAGAUGCUAAAUCAUGAGAUUAUCUGCGUACUUUCUGUUCAACCUCAAGAGCUCUCUAGAGGGGGGAAAACAAUACACCAGAUUAGUCAGUGGAAGAGUAGGUAUCCCUAACCAUGACACAUUAGAGGUGAAAGGUACCGUACUCUACUGCAGCUAGAUGUUUGCUUUGGUCACAUGGUCCACUACCUUUGAGACAAAAUCCUUAUUUCUCCUUGUUAUUAAAUGACAGCUUCCUGGGAAGUGCAAAGUCUGCCUUUGAGACUCCAGCUAUUGGAUCAGUAUCUACUCUGGUUUUGAGCUUAAUUUUUAUGACACAGAACCUCUGGCACAUUCUGGUGUCAAGCUGUUGGAAGCUUGGAGACUUGGAGCAAUAUCCAGAGUAAACAGAAUUAAAUUUCAAGCCCUCCUGUCAUACCAAAAUUGUCCAGAUAAAAACUUUCUAACACAGGUUUGAGUGAUAGAAAGCAGCAUUCUUUAUUGCAGUGUGCUGGUCACUCGCAGAAUCCUUCCUCUAACUGAGUGCCCUGAACUUUGGGUAAAUGCUCAAAACUGAGAGUUUUAUCAUACACACUGAUGACAUACUCAAUGGCUAUCCCUGAUUACUUGAUGUACGUGCAUGACUUUGUUUUACAAAGUUUCACACCCUCUUUUUGGAAGUCGUUAUAUGGUUCUUUGGGGUUUGUCUUCAAUGUCCAGUGUCCUUUUUAGGUGCCUGUUCCUCAACUCUCAUUUUGAGUAAGUGCAAUGUCAUUGCUUUGUAUAACUUCUGCUUUCUCAGCCUUGCAAAGCUAAGCUGGCAUCCUGUUUGUGUUUUGCAUGAGUUUUUUUGUCUACUCCUCCAAGACUACAUUGUUCCCUUUAUUUGAUAAGAGUAAAAUGUUUUUCUGUUCUACAGUCAUUAUCAUUUGGGAAAAAAAUUGUACUCAGCCCAACAUCACAAUUCCAUGCUGAAAAUAAUGCCUAUAUAUUUUUCUUUUACAAAAUAAUUUUGUUGGUAGAAAAGUAUUGUCUAUGGGCAGCAUUUUGCAGGGAGGAAAAGUUCCAAAACAAAAUUAAAAUCAAUUGAUAUUUUUGCUGCAUCUUCCGAUAACAUUUUUCAACAUCAUAAAAGCUCUUGCACCUUGAUGGGAGAUGCCAAUGCCAAUGAAAAGGCUUCCAGUUUUGACACUACCACUGCAAUGGUGCUUUAAAUCAGUCCCAAAGCUGGUAGGUAUUGUGCCCUCCAUGCCACCUGCCUGCAUACAUGUGGCACAGUUAGUUAUAGUGAACUGCAUGGGGCUGGAAAUAAUUAUGGUAGGAAAAGUAGGAACCAGUAAAGUAUUUGUCAAAGAUGAAGCUAAUUGGUCAUAACUAAUUAGCAGCAUCCUCCACUUGUCUCCAUCCAGGGACAUGUCAGGCUCCUUGUCCUCUGCAGGCAGGGAUAAAGCAGAGUUCAGUGUUUGCUGCAGUGUCUCCCCUUCAGUGCAGAUGUACUGGGAUGUGUGCUGGUAUAACUUAGCCUUGAAUUAAAUAUUCAGGUAUAUUAAAUAUACCUGAGGAUAUUGUAUCUGCAAACUGGUCAUGCCUUUCCUUGGGUUGCAAGGCAUAUCACCGUGCAGAAA